AUGGCCGCCGACAACUCGGACGUUCCCGAGGCUUUCGAGGAUGCGGCCGGUGACUCGACCCGUCAAGUCCCUGGUUCGCUGCCCUAUGAGAGGCAGCGGCCCCCUGCGCCUGCAGACGUGAAACAGAACCCCGCUCUUUCAUCUCUACGAAUGCCCGAUACUCUCAUCAGAGAGGAUAUGCAAGAGAACCCGCGAACCGCAACCAGCGCGUGGGUCUCGAGAGCGCUGUCUGAAAGCACUGUGCAGAAGGGCGGUAGCGGGGGCUGGGGAGCGACACCAUGGCUUCAGAAGUGCCGUGAUGGAAACGUGGUCGUGCCAGCUGAGCCGCGGAGAAGGGCGAAGGAGCUACUUCAGGCAAAAAAAGCUAGAAAGAUCAAACACUUCUCAAAAAUUACGUUUACAAAUCCUGACCCGUCGUAUUACAACCUUCUUCCAGUCCAGCCUGCCGUUGGAUGGUGGAAGAGCGUCCUGACGCGUCCGAAACACUCACUUGCCUUCCUUCGCCGAAUGGCCAGCAAUCUCCACGUUGCUAUUCCUGACACAGUCUUCUGCUCCAGUACAGACUGUUUUUACAUUUCCAGUCUCCCACAGAGGUUAGAAGGCACGACAGAUGAGGGCGGCCGCAAGCCCGGCCUUCCGAACGGGGAGCAUGGCGCCACCGGGUGGAUCAUAUGCAGUGACUUCUCAGCAGCGAAGCUCCUGGAAAACAAAUUAGCCUCUCGGCUGCAAACAGAGGGACAAGAGUCACCUGCAUGGGAGGCAAGCAGCCAUAAUGUAGUCUCUUCGCAGCGCUGCUCCUUCUCUGGCUCGCUGAGCGACCAAAGCAGCGGAACUGCAACUCGGGAGCGGGAGCGAGCGUCGUUCGCUGGUUCACGCAUACAGCAGCCACCGGCAGGGGCGCUUCCGCAGGCCAAACGUGACAGCCCGCCCCUGUAUCCCGCAGCUGUGAUGAAGCAAAUGCACUACAUCCGGAGAGACUGCAACAUCACAAAGGCUCUCGACCUGGCAACAUUCGGCUCGAUGUCUUCCGAUAGUUCCUUAGAGCGCGUCUAUCAGGAAUUUGUCAGGGGCAAACCGCGCAGUCGGUGUCAGUUGACGCGGGUAUGCUGGAGCGCCCUCCGAGCGCCGUCAGGGUUCACGCUGGUCAACCGGUUGACGCCUCAGCGUGCGCGACACCUUGGCGGCGACCUGACUUCGCAAUUCUGCGUCAGCGGCGACAACCCACCGCUGAACGGGGUGUCGAAGACGGCGGAGGAAGAGCACCGACGGAAUGCAGACCCGGCAGAGAAGAGUUUCGACGUCUUCCCAGUCGCUGGAGCGACACUCAGCGCGGCUGCGCAGGUGGCCAAAACGAUCUUCCACUUCACUCAGAACGUGUUCAGACUUUGGCUGGAAACGAUUGUCGUCGACUUGGUGAAAGGCCCGCCGCACAGGACGUGGUAUUUCCUCCAAGUGAAGUCGUUUACAAUUCGGCAGGCGGCUCCAACCGCGCCGAUCUCUCUCCCUUCUGCGACUGAAGCAGACGACGAGUGCGACGACGAACCAGGGGGCCGCCGCAAGCAGAAGGCCUGCGACGACAUCCGUCGUUCAGCGAUUCCAUCCCUGUGUUACAUGUGCGGGUUGACGCAUCGCAAGAAAGACCUUACCAAGACUGUGAAUCUGCGCAUGAUGCUGGAGACUCAGCAUCACAUGAGGAAGCGCGGACUGGAUAUUUUCUUCUUCCCUGUUUCCGGGCGGCUGCAACUGUCAAGUAACCGUCCCAUAUGCUCGCUGUGUUACUCGCUCUACCUAGCUGAGCGCGAACUCAUCCAGGUCGAGCUCGACUUGGCGCAGGCUCUCCGCCAGCCGAUGCCCCACAGAGACCCCGCUUUCUUCAGCUUCACUGGCGUGCUGGAUGCCAUCCAAAGCAGCUCGCAAGCCAACGACCCGUACCUAAUCGACCUGAUGCGGUCUUUCAACAACGCGCCUCCCCGCCAGUUAGCGCCGCUCCCGGAGGACGAAGAGGGAGGCGACGCCGCGCGCGCCAACCUCGACCUGCAGCAGGACUGCGGGAAGGAGAGAGAUGCCUUCGUCGCCUUCGUCAGCGCCAACACCGAGAGGCCCGGCGGCGAGGCUGAGCCCCCUGGGGCCCGCGGCCUACCAAGCAAGAGCAUCACGCCCUGCGCGGACCCCGCGCCCGCCCCAAGACCUGACGCAGGACCUGCAGCUGUCGCAGCCCGUCCUCGACCGACUGCAGCGAGUGGCGCGGUCUCGGAGCUCCCCGAUGCCAAACAGCCUUGCGUGCCGCGCCCGCGCGACCCCGCCACCCUCCCGGGGCUUUUCGCGCACGCAGGGGGGGCACCGCCUGCUGCGGGCGGAGCGGCGUCGUCUCAGAAGGCUCCCAGGCGGGACACGCCACCAGGAUGCCGGCGGACUGCGCGUCAGCGACGGUUCACGGGCGGCUCUGGGGCGGUGGCGCCGCCCAAGCAGACGCUCCGAGGAGGCGAGGCAGUUAGUAGCUGUUGGAAGGCGAAGGGGGAGGAUGACCGCGGGCUGCAGCUGCCGCCGAAGUUGUAUCAGUGGCGCAUGAUGCUCUUCGUGCAUUCCCUCCAAGACUUGCCCAGCCAUCUGCUGCCUUUCGAGCAGGAAGACGCCUCUUCCGGCGAUGCUGGGCCCGCCCCAGAAGGCUCGACCGGCUUCAGAGGCCCCACAGCCUCGCAGCUGGCCAUUGAACUCGAACUCUUUGGAUCCACGACGACGCUGCCGUUGACCACUCCCGACAGGAAGCCCGACUUCGCCCCGGGGGACGAGCCCCGACGCCGAGGGGGGGGCUACCCUCCGGCCUCUGCGGAAUGGGCGAACGAACGCUCACCAGGCACCGGCGCCGACGGCGCUGGAGGCCGCGCGCAGCCUGGCGCAUCCCUUCAGUACAUCCCCGUCAAGCGCUUCCUCGUGAUUUAUCUCUUCUCUGUCUCUCCCCGGCUGCACAAAAUCUUUCAGCAGGAAACGAUUCGCUUUCGUCUGCUCUCGAGCGCUUCAGCGCGGCCUUGGACGCCCGCGCACUCCGCCAGUCUCGGUUCGUCCUCCUCUCUCUCCGCCGGCCGCCUGCAUCACAGCAGGCUGAUGCCCGCGGUCAUCUCCGCCUGCCUCACGUGUUCACGCGCCUGCUGCGGCGAGGCGGCGGCAGAUGGAACGCCGAGCUCGCGCGGCGCCGUCGACUUUAGGCCUGCCUCGCGUCUGACGGCCGCGGAAAUCAUCGGGCGUCGCCCGUACUCUGCGGCAACGACGAAGCGCGCUGGUCGCCUCUGCCAGACGUGCGGAUGCGACGGGGCCUGCGGGGGUCGGGCCGACCCCCCAGCCGACACACCCGCCGAGACCUGCCGUCCUCGCUCUCGUCCGCAGACGGCCGCCUCCGCGCCGGUCGGCAGGCAUGAGAAGUGCGGCUUGGCGGCGCUCAGAGGCAGGCCAUCCGCAGGGUCGCCUGCGCCGGCGGAGCCCGCUGCAGGCCUCCUUCGGGAAGUCGCCACAGGCAGCUGCAGCCUGGCGCGCCUGGCGGGCGUCAAGCACUCGAAGCAGCAGACCUACGUGCUGCUGUUUGCUAAACCCCGCGGCCGGGGGCAAGCGCGCCUGCGCCUUGCGCUCGGCCUGCACCAAGACAUGCAGGUGCCUUCGCAGUACGUGUGCGCCCGCGCGUACGCAGACGCCCUCUUGCCUGCGCGUCCCUACAGCAGCCCCUGCCCGCUGCCGGCGGAGUGGCUCGACUGCCUCGCCGGCAGUGCGGUUGGGGAGGACGGGGCGCCCGGCGGCGCGCGGGCGCCCGCUGCCCACGAGCCGCCGGAGAAAGAGGGUCGCGCAGAACUGGCGCUCCGCCCAGACAUGCAAAGCCAGCCAAACAGCGCUGUCUUCCACCCCGUGCGGCGCAGAGGGGGGGGGGUGGCGGGCGGGGGGGGACUGCGCGACCGCUAG